ACACACUUCAUUUCUCCUCCUUCUUCCUUUCUGCAUCAUAGUCGCGCUGUUACCAUCACGCGUUCACGUAAUACUCCGGUGAAUAAGCUGACUUGUUGGAAAUGCUUUAGGACCUUAUACCUUUCUCUGAUAGCUCGCUGCCUGCAACCUCAGUGGAAUCACCCAAGGAAAAAGUGAAGACGCAUCAGGAAAAUACUCCAAUAUCAGACCGUUGGAUUACGGAUUAACCAGUUUACUCCGUUGAAGGCUGUGUUGCGGCAGGAACGUCCCCAGCUAGGGCACGAGCUGCCAUGCCAUUUGGUUGUCUGACACUCGGGGAGAAGAAGGAAUACAACAGUCCCUCAGAGGUGGCCGACAAGUAUGACCUCGGACAGAUCGUUAAAUCAGAGGAGUUUUGCGAGAUAUUCCGGGCGAAGGACAGGAACACCUUGAAAAUGUACACAUGUAAAAAGUUCCACAAAAAGGACGGAAGGAAAGUGAGGAAAGCUGCCAAGAAUGAGAUAAUGAUAUUGAAGAUGAUAAAACAUCAUAACAUCCUUCAGCUGGUUGAUGCUUUUGAAACUAAGAAAGAAUACUUCAUUUUUCUCGAGCUCGCUACGGGCAGAGAGGUCUUUGACUGGAUCUUAGAUCAAGGCUACUACUCGGAGAGGGACACCAGCAACGUUAUGAGACAGGUGUUGGAAGCCGUGGCUUACCUUCACUCUCUGAAAAUCGUGCACAGGAACCUUAAGCUUGAGAACCUGGUGUACUUUAAUCGCUUGAAGCACUCCAAAAUUGUUAUCAGUGACUUCCAGUUGGCAAAACUGGAAAAUGGACUCAUUAAGGACCCAUGUGGCACUCCUGAAUACCUUGCUCCUGAGGUUGUCGGGAGGCAGAGAUAUGGAAGGCCUGUCGACUGUUGGGCCAUAGGUGUCAUCAUGUAUAUACUCUUGUCUGGGAACCCUCCUUUCUAUGACGACGCUGAUGAAGAUGACUUGGAUAACCGUGAUAAGAACCUGUUCCUAAAGAUUUUGUCAGGAGACUAUGAAUUUGACUCCCCGUACUGGGAUGAUAUUUCAGAUUCUGCCAAAAACUUAGUGGCAUCUUUGAUGGAAGUGGACCAAGACCAGCGACUGACUGCACAAGAAGCUAUAGCUCAUGAAUGGAUCUCUGGAAAUGCAGCGUCAGACAAGAACAUCAAGGAUGGUGUUUGUGCACAGAUCGAAAAGAACUUUGCCAAAGCUAAGUGGAAGAAAGCAGUUAGAGUGACAACCCUCAUGAAGAGACUUCGAGCGCCUGAGCAGGGUGAUUCGGGUGCCUCCAAUCUGGCUGCAGGGGCUGCAACUGACCCCAACGCGCCCACCGCUCCUCCGGCAGGAAGCAGCGACGGUGGAGCUGGAAACAUAAAAGAUGGUCUUAAUGAAAAGUCUUCUGACACACAGACUGCAAUCGUCUCCGCGCCCAGUGCAGCCAGACAGGAGGAGCAGCAACAGGCUCGGUGCAAUGGCGAUGUUCCCCAAAUGGUACCACAGAGAAAAGGAGACUAGGCUUCAAUCAAGAACAAGAAGAGGAAUUUUGCCAACUAACUAACAAGCACAUGUGCAGUACAGCCAGUAAAUCUGGAAUCAUGAUUCUGUGUCUGUGCUGUCAGGUUAUUCCACGAUCAUUUCAUCUUCUUGCCUUCUGUAUUGAUUGGUCUAUAGAAUAGUGUUCUCCACUCUUCCUCGUUCUUGUUAUUAUCUGUACAAGUCCCUUUAAAGAUUGUUGCAACGUAGCUCUUCUGUUGUUUCCUUUUUCCCUGAAAACUAUAAAAAAACUAAAGAAAAAGAAAAAAAAGUCAGUGUAAUUUGGUGAAAUCUACUCACUUUUAUUCAUCAGCUCAUUUUACAUAGAUGUAUUUGUCCGUUUCGACAAAUUGCUACUUUUUAGCUUCUGAGUUCAUGUCUUGUGACUUAAAAUUAUGAGUUGAAAGAUUUACUAAUUAAGGUUUAUUUAAAAAUAAUAUACAAAUUCAUGAGAAUACUUUCCAGCUUAUUUGAGUAAACUCGAGAAGUGAACACAUUUAUACAAAGAGACAAACUUGUCGUGUAAAUAUCUUGAACAGAUCAUAAGUAAAUAUAAAAGAUUCAAAAGUAGAAUUUUUUUAAGCUUUGUCAGAGAUUUCAGAAUUGCACAAUUUAAUGUGUGUGACAUUUCAACGAAUGUCCAUGAAAAUGUUUUUAUAGUGAAAGACUAUACGUAAAAAGAUACAGUGGAUUCGAUCCGACACCAUGACUACUGUCAGUGGCGUACAACCUUAGACAACUUACAAUUUUAAGGCAACAAGAACGCAUAUUUUUAAGUUAAAGUGCCUUAAUAUUUGUUGCAGUCAUGUACUUAAAUGUUUCAAGGGAACAGCUUGAUUAUAAUAACACACUCAUUACAGAUUUCACUGAAAUAUUUUAGCUGUUUUAUUUGCUCCACUGUUUAGAGUCUUAAGCUGCUGUAUUGAUACUUGUGUUCGGUCCUCUUUCACCUUUAGAACACAGAAAACUAGAUCUAGAGCAUUCUAUGUAGAGCGAUGUUUUAGCUGUUGUUGUGUUGUAACUUGUAAGUAGCAAACUCAAAGUUUAUAGCCAAGUCCAUCUACUGUAUGAUUAUGUAUAUUUACAUUGUAUGUGUAUACGUGUGUAUUUUUUUAAUUUACGUGUAUUUAGCAACAUAUAGCGGCGCUAACGGGUUGCUGCAAUGCUUGUGAAUGAAUAAAAUAAGCAAUACUAA